AUGAUGGAUUUAAUGUAUCAGUAUUCCCUGGCUGGUUGCGAACGUCCGCUGCUACAAGCCAAAUUCCGGGAGCUAUCUGAUCUUCAAAACGUGCUGAAUGCCAACAAUUACGGUGAGAGUAGCCGUGUUUCAUGUCUCAGCAGUGCGCGGUCACGAUUGCAAUCAGGUGAUGACAGGCCGUUUUUGCAGUUAAUUCAGAGCCACCAGAUGAAUCAGUGGAUGGAGCAGGUCCUUCGAGGAACGUCACACGUCGGUCACGACAGCGAUUGCGAUCCGAUGAGCAGGGCAAUUGUCACGAAGGUGAUGUUCGUCUGGAAUCCAAAGUUGUGGGAAUCUUAUUCGAGGGACAAGGCUCGAAUCAGGAGCGUCCGAUGCUGCGGUGGCCAGCGGCUUGACCGCAUCCAAAUGUCCACCGCCACGGAGAGGAUGCAAAUGAGCUGUGGCCAAGCUCUUCAUUGGGUCAAGUUGGACAAAGAUCUGAAUGAUAUUUGGGCCUUCCAUGGCACCAGGUCAGAUCGAGCGAAGAAUAUUUCAAGCACUGGAUUCGACACUGGCCGUAUUCUCCACGGUUACUAUGGUAGAGGAUUCUAUUUGGCGCAGGAGUCUUGCAAGGCCUACCAAUACACCGAUAUAGGCAGGUUUGGAGAACAUGCGAAUGCCCAGGAAGGCUGCAUCAUAGUUUUUCGCGCCGUGGUCGGCCAGCCCGAGUACAUCACGGCCCAAGACCCCAGCAAGAUGGAACCAGCUACAGGCUGCGACGCUGUGGUUGUCAAUCCUGGCGAAGAGGGUGGGCCUCCUCUCCAACAACAUCAGGAGCUAUGCCUCUUCAACAAGAACCAAACACACCCUGAAUUCAUUGUCUACUUCCGGAUCCCGUCCGAAGUAGAGUGGGAAGACAUGAUGAGAUUUCCUUCGCUCCGCACGGUCGCAAAC